GGGACCCAGUUGACACUGAUUACACUGCUGUGGGAUGUGCAAUUACAACUAUCUCUUCCAACCUCACGGAGAUGUCUAAAGGUGUGAAACUGCUUGCUGCACUCAUGGAUGAUGAAGUUGGAAGUGGAGAAGACCUCUUGAAAGCUGCUCGCACGUUGGCCAGUGCUGUCUCAGACUUGCUGAAGGCUGUGCAACCUACUUCAGGAGAGCCUCGACAGACAGUUUUGACUGCAGCUGGAAGCAUUGGGCAAGCAAGUGGGGAGCUACUGAGACAAAUUGGAGAGAAUGAAACAGAUGAAAGGUUCCAGGAUGUUCUGAUGAGUCUGGCCAAAGCUGUUGCAAAUGCUGCUGCCAUGCUAGUGCUGAAGGCCAAGAAUGUAGCGCAGGUCGCUGAGGAUACAGUGCUACAGAACAGGGUCAUUGCUGCUGCUACACAGUGUGCACUCUCUACUUCCCAGCUUGUGGCGUGUGCGAAGGUUGUGAGUCCCACCAUCAGCUCUCCAGUGUGUCAGGAACAGCUGAUUGAGGCAGGGAAACUGGUAGACCGUUCAGUGGAGAACUGUGUGAGGGCCUGCCAGGCUGCCACAGAUGACACUGAGUUACUGAAGCAGGUCAGUGCAGCUGCCAGCAUUGUCAGCCAAGCCCUGAAUGACCUCUUGCAGCAUGUCCGUCAGUUUGCGAGUAGGGGAGAGCCCAUUGGACGCUAUGACCAGGCUACAGAUACCAUCAUGUGUGUUACAGAGAGUAUUUUCAGUUCGAUGGGAGAUGCUGGUGAAAUGGUGCGGCAGGCCAGGGUACUGGCUCAAGCCACUUCUGAUCUCGUCAAUGCCAUGAGGUCAGAUGCUGAAGCAGAAAUAGACAUGGAUAACUCUAAGAAGCUUCUGGCUGCUGCAAAGCUUCUGGCAGAUUCUACAGCCCGCAUGGUUGAAGCUGCAAAGGGAGCUGCAGCCAAUCCUGAAAAUGAGGAUCAACAGCAGCGUCUAAGAGAAGCAGCAGAGGGACUGCGGGUUGCUACAAAUGCUGCUGCACAGAAUGCCAUCAAGAAGAAAAUUGUCAACAGAUUAGAGAUUGCAGCUAAACAAGCUGCAGCUGCUGCUACUCAGACUAUUGCAGCUUCUCAGAAUGCAGCCAUUUCAAAUAAGAAUGCAGCAGCCCACCAGCAACUUGUGCAGAGCUGUAAGAAUGUUGCAGACCACAUUCCUCAACUGGUGCAGGGUGUAAGAGGAAGUCAAGCUCAGGCAGAAGACCUUAGUGCCCAGCUUGCUUUAAUAAACUCCAGCCAGAACUUCCUUCAGCCUGGAAGUAAAAUGGUGGCAUCUGCUAAAGCUGCAGUGCCCACUGUGACCGAUCAAGCAGCAGCAAUGCAGCUAAGUCAGUGUGCGAAGAACCUUGCUACCAGCUUAGCUGAGCUACGAACCGCCUCCCAAAAGGCUCAUGAAGCAUGUGGCCCAAUGGAAAUUGAUUCUGCUUUGAAUACAGUCCAGACACUCAAAAAUGAACUACAAGAUGCGAAGAUGGCAGCUGUGGAAGGACAGUUAAAACCUCUACCAGGAGAAACUCUUGAGAAAUGUGCUCAAGACCUGGGAAGUACAUCCAAAGCAGUUGGUUCAUCAAUGGCCCAGUUGUUAACUUGUGCUGCUCAAGGCAACGAGCACUAUACAGGAGUUGCUGCCAGAGAAACUGCUCAGGCUUUGAAGACUUUGGCUCAGGCAGCACGAGGCGUAGCAGCAUCUACUACGGACCCUGUGGCAGCACAUGCCAUGUUGGAUUCAGCAAGGGAUGUCAUGGAAGGCUCUGCUAUGCUCAUUCAGGAGGCGAAGCAGGCCCUGGCUGCACCAGGGGAUGCAGACAGUCAGCAGAGAUUAGCCCAG